AUACAAGAGCAUAUAUUUUUGGGUGAAACUGACAGUGAAAAAACUAUGGGGGUAAAUACUACAACAUGAUCGAAAAUAGUGGGUAACUUUGCAAAAAGGUACGCGCACGAUAGUCCUUUUACACUCGUUGCGUAAUUGAGUUGCGUGAAUUUUCCGCUAUUAUGCGCUAUCACCAUCACUUUCCCCAUUCUUCUAAACCCUGAAGUCUCCGAUCACCUCUCUCUCUCUGCUUCUGGCUCCAUUGAAUUGAAUCUCCUUCUCUCUUAUCACGGGAAGCUUUCUAUUACAGAAUAUGAAGCAAUUCUGGAACCCAAACAGUAUCAACAAGAACAAAGCUAUGGUGGAGAAUCUGCAAAAUUAUGGCGUAAUUACCUCUGAUGAAGUUGCUAAAGCCAUGGAGUCUGUGGACAGAGGCAUCUUCGUACCAGAUCGCUCCUCUGCUUACGUCGACAGUCCUAUGUCUAUUGGGUAUAACGUGACGAUAUCAGCACCUCACAUGCACGCAAUGUGCCUUCAACUUCUCGAAAAGAAUCUGAAACCAGGAAUGCGUGUUCUUGAUGUCGGCUCGGGGACCGGGUACUUAACAGCUUGCUUUGCGGUUAUGGUUGGAUCCGAAGGGCGUGCUAUUGGUGUGGAACACAUCCCUGAGCUGGUGGCUUCUUCAGUCAAGAACAUUGAAGCUAGUGUUGCUUCGCCAUUGAUGAAAGAAGGAUCUCUCUCUGUUCACGUUGGCGAUGGAAGGCAAGGAUGGGCUGAGUUUGGGCCUUACGAUGCUAUUCAUGUCGGAGCAGCAGCACCGGAGAUCCCGGAGGCGUUGAUUGAUGAACUGAAACCCGGUGGGAGACUGGUGAUCCCGGUCGGGAACAUAUUCCAAGAUCUGAAAGUUGUGGAUAAGAACUCGGACGGUUCGGUUAGCAUUAAAGACGAGACUUCAGUCCGUUAUGUUCCUUUGACCAGCCGUGAAGCACAAUUGAGAGGGGAGUGAUGAGUCUUCGUUUGUACAUAACAUUUGAAUCAAGUAAGCUCACUUUGGCAUUGUUUUUAAUUUAGAAUAGCAACUCGAGACCUUAAAAUCUCAAACAUACAUUUGCUCAGUACAACUUUCAAAUGAUCAAAACAUGUUUGUUGAAAUGAAAACAUAAACAUAAUAGUAAAGCAUAUAGAUAUAGCAAUGCCUUGAGUCUAAGUAGUUGGUGAUGCAAUCACGUAAAGAGGGAACUCACGGCGAAUCACAGUACCGACUGAUUCAGCGAUGUCGGCCUGAAGAUCUUCUGUAGCUUGCCAAUCAAACCCAUGAAUCAAGUUAGCCAAAGCCACUUCAUUCAACACCUCAGCGAAUGAUAUCCCUGGGCACAUCCUCCUCCCUGAUCCAAAAGGGAUCAGCUCAAAAUCCUGACCACGGUAAUCAGCAGACGAGGUUAGAUGCCUCUCCGGUUUAAACUCCUCCGCGUCUGGUCCCCACGUCGCGACCUCUCUCCCGAUCGUCCAAAGAUUGAUAAUAGCCAACGAACCGGCCGGUACGUUUUGAUCUCCUAAUUUGAUGUCUUCAAUCAAUUUGUGAGGAACCAUCAAUGGAACUGGAGGAUGUAGCCUGAGCGUCUCCUUGACCACAGCUUUCAAGUAGAUCAUGUCUUGAAGGUCGUCUUCUGAUACGCUCGAUUUCCCCUUACAAAUCGUACGGACUUCUUCUUGAAUCUUUUUCAGACACUCUGGGUGACGUAGAAGCUCUGUUAGUUCCCAUUCCAAAAGCGUCGAGGAUGUGUCUGAACCACCCACAAAAGCGUCCAAGAGGAUUGCCUUAAUGCUGCUCCUGUUGAUCUCAAACCCAAUGCUCUUGUCUUUCUGAAGAGAGAGUAAUACAUCGGCGAAAUCAUUCCCAUGUCCGUCUCCAGCUUCAUGAUCUUGCACAACUUUCUCCAUGAGCACAUCAAAAUCCUUUGCCGUCUUUUCGAGUUUAGCAUCCAAACCGCAGAUCCAAUCGAUCCACGCGAGCCACGGUACAUAGGUCCCGAUGGUGAUGAUACCCAACUGCAUCAUGAGCCGGUCUAUCAACUCUUUGUUAUCUGUUCCAGCGCCGUAUUUCCGUCCCAGAGCAACUCUGCAUAUAAUGUCGUUAGAUAAAGUCGCCAAGAGCGGGCUUAGAUUCACCGGCGAGGAACUCGCUUUCCGGAUCUUGUCCAUCAUCAGGCUGAUCUCUUCUUCUCUCACCUCUCGAAAGGAACGUACCAUUUUGUUGCUUAGGAGAUGAAGGACAAACACGCUCUUCAUUUGUCUCCAAUACUCACCGUAAGGAGCACCGGCCAUGUUAAGUCCCCCGAAGAUAAGCUUUUUGACGAUUCUUGAGUCUGGUCGGCUCGCAAAGACGCGGUCGUGCGUCUUCAAAACCUCUUGAGCAGCCUCCGCGGUAGAGGCUACAAGAACGGGGACAGAGCCAAAGUGAAGGAGCAUGAUAGGUCCGUAACGUUUGCUGAGGGUGUAUAGUGUUCGGUGAGGAUGCUUGCCGAGCUGAUGAAGGUUUCCGAACAACGGAAGCCCCGGUGGUGAUGGGAAUGUGCUGUGUUUCUUCCCUUUUUUGAGGAAGAGAACGGCAAUGAAAAGUAUCAAGCACAGGACAAGUAUCAUGAUGAUGUUUUGUGAAUUUGGAUUCUUCAAGUUUUUUCUCGUGAAGUGUUUUCUCUAGAUCUUUGUGUUCUUCUUGUGGACUUGAGUAAAUAAUAUAUAAGCCAAGUUUCUAUACGUUACGUUACUAGUGUCCACUCAAAUUUUCUUCUUUUUUUUGCCUAAAUUUGGAUUUUAAUAGUUGAUUCAAUAUACUGUAAUUCUCUCAAAUCUUACAUAUAAAAGGUAAAAAAUCUCUCCAUAUUGUAU